UUUGUGGCAAUAUAAAGACUGGAGUUCGAGUUGAUGUAUUGUGGAAUUGCGAGAUUCGACUGAAGAAACACAUCUGUGAUGUUCGUAGCGCAUCACUAUAAAUCAUUCCUGGUAAAGACGUGAUUUUCCAUUAUUUACAAAAUGAAAUCGAGGAUUAUUAUCCUGGGCCUGUUUAUGUUCUUCGUAAUGGUGGUGUCCACGUCUGAUACUAAAGAACGGAAAAAGAAAUCAUGGAAAGACAAGGACAUGAUGUUCAUGACGGACGCUGAUGCAGAGCGUUUGCUGGAACAGUGGGAAGCAAACGAUGAACCCCUGGAGCCAGACGAGUUGCCGGAACACUUGCGACCUGCUCCAAAGCUAGAUAUAUCCAAGCUAGACAUAAGAAAUCCAGAGAGUAUGCUAAAAGCAACGAAAAAAGGAAAAGGCGUUAUGAUGUUCGUAGAUCUUCAGUCAAAUGUUUCAGAGGAGCAAGCAGAUGUUAUGACUCGUAUCUGGCAGACUGGCCUACAGAAUAAUCAUAUCACUAUGGAAAGAUAUCCAAUUGAAAAUAAACGUUUCAUAUUCAUGUUCCACGACGGAGCUCAGGCUAUCGAGGGUAAAAAUUAUUUGCUACAGCAGCCUGAAGUGGGUCAUGUCACGAUCGAUGGACAGUCAUAUUAUCCACUACUAAAGGAGGGAGAAAGCAUUGUAAUUGACGAGUCGAUGAAAAAGCCAAGUGCCAAGAAAUCGAAAAAAGAGUUGUAAUCUCGUGGUUAAUUUCUGAAACGUUUUCCAUUUGUCUAUUUUUAUACAAAAAGUAUACUUUCGAGAAAUAUUUUUUUCUACUUUGUUUACAGGAACCAAAUUGUUUCUAUCAAGCGUUAAGUUUACACUGUACGUUUAUUAGUUUAUU